AUGGAUAUGCAAAGGAUAUUAUUUUUAUUGAUAAUAGAAAUCGCAGCUAUAGGCAGUACUAAUACAAGUACAGUAUGUUAUGGACCACCUGGUCUAUCAUGUACAACUCACAGACUAUCUUGUCCUAGUCCUCUAGUAAUACAGAUAAUAAAUACAUCAUAUGGAUAUAGAUCAGGAUGUAAUGAUACAGAAGGUAAAACUGAUUGUAAUAAAACAUGUUGUGACGAAGAACCUGAUGAUUGUUUUGUACCAUUUGAGACUCGUGAAGAACAACAAGUAUUAGAGAGGUGUAAUGGAAAUGUAAAUUGUUCACUACCAGGAUAUCGUAGAUAUAACACAGUUAAUACUGUAUGUAAUGGUAGCAAUGAUAGUGCUUACAGUAAAAUACAAUAUGAUUGUGUUACAAAAGGUACGGUCUCAACAUUAAGUAUAUCAAAUUCCCCUUUAACCCCUAGUGUUAAAUGUUGUGCUUCUCAGGGUGAUGCUGAUGACAAUACUGGAGAUGCUGUUUAUAAUGACAAUACUGGAUCUAUAGUUGGAGGAAUAUUUGGUGCUAUUAUUAUUAUAGUUAUUAUUAUAGUAGUGGUACUGUUUCUGUAUAAAAGAAAGACAAAACUAUCUAAAGAAGGGACACAAAAUGCUGGUAUACCACAGUAUUUUUCCAUUGAUGAUCCUGUGAGUGUUAUCAUUCGUAAAGACAAAGAUGGAUAUGAUGAAAUAGAAUUGGACAGUGAAUCAAGAUUACAAGCUAAUGCUGUUCAUCUUCACCAAAGUACCAUUAACAAUCGUAAAAGUGGAUAUGAGGAAAUUGAAUUGGAGGGAAAAGCAAAACGACAAACAACUGAUAAUUAUGAUCAUGUCGGAGAUGAUAAACUGAAAGUAAAAUCUCAAAAAGAUCUUGAUAACUAUAAUCAUAUUGGAACUUACGAUCAUUCUGUACAUGAAGAUAACUACAAUCAUAUCGGAAACAAUUUGUCUCUAAGAUCUAAUCAUCUUGAUGCAGAUUAUAACCAUAUUAACGGAUUACCUGGUACUUCCAAUGGUGAAGAUGAUUACAAUCAUAUUGGUGAUAAUGAUAACAAUAAUGUGAUAACAGAUGAUAAUUAUCAUCAUAUCGGAUCGGGAGAUAUCAAGAUGGAAGAGGGAGAUGAUAGUGAUGCUCCUCAUAACCUCGCGACUUGCUAA